UCAAAAUAUUAUGUUUAAGCUUAGUAACCGUACGUGUCAAUUCUCAAUAAUUAAAAUAUUUCAAUUGCUGGAAAUGAAUUAGAAUCAUAGGCCCUGAUUCAUGAUAUUGUAUCCAAAAUAUGCUUUUUAUUUUAAGGGAAAAGUGGAUAAUGCCAGAAAAACGGGUACAGGCGGUCAUGGGAAAUUGAACGAUGUCGACAAUAUGGUGCUAGAUAUAUUAGGAAAAGAGUCCCCAGUGAUUGUAGGUCUUGGGGUACCAGCAUCAUUGGACGAAAUGGACGAUGCAGAACCGCUACCUCAAGACAGCACAACAACAGAACAGCCAAGAAUAUUAACGCAGGACCCGGGCGUACCCUCAACCAGCCGCAUAGGAAAACAGAAGCGUAGCAUGACACGUCAAGAAGAAAUUGCAGACAAGAAAAAAGUAAAACUUGACUUGCAAAUUGAACACCUGAAAAUACAAAAUCACAAGACCAAACUAGAGAUUUUACAUUUGGAAACUGCACUAAACCUUCCAAGAUACGAAUUUACACAAAGUAUUGCAAGAGACUACGUUUCUUAUGGAGAGGAUCACCGUACCACAUAUUUAAAUAUUUGGUUUCGUAAAAAACAAUCAUAUUAUCUUACAUAUUUAAUUAAUUAAAGUUGGUUUUUCUUC